UUCCUCUUAAGUUUAAAAAGCAAGCAUUGUCUUGUUCCUUUUUGAUUCAGAGUGAGAUCGGGUGAUAUGCAUACAAAAAGCAUACUAGUCUGUGCGGUAGUCGGAUUUCUAGGGCUCCUAUCUGCUCUUUUGGCUUUUGUUGCAGAGGCCAAGAGGAUCAAGGGAUCCCAGGUUACGUUUUCAUCUCCAUCGGAAUGUGUGUACCCCCGUAGUCCAGCUCUAGCACUUGGAUUAACUGCUGCGGUAUCCCUUAUGAUUGCCCAAGUCAUUAUCAAUGUUGCAACUGGUUGCAUCUGUUGCACAAGAGCAGGACCUCAUCAAUCAACCUCUAAUUGGACAAUCGCUCUUGUCUGCUUUGUUGUUUCCUGGUUCACAUUUGUUAUAGCAUUCCUUCUGUUGUUAACAGGGGCAGCACUAAAUGAUCAGCAUGGAGAAGAAAACAUGUACUUUGGGAGCUACUACUGCUAUGUUGUUAAGCCUGGAGUCUUUGCUGGAGCUGCAGGCUUGUCCCUUGCAAGUGUUAUCCUGGGCAUCGUCUAUUAUCUGAGCUUGACUUCAACAAAGGUUAACAGAAAUGAAACCAUUUGGCAUGCACCUGCUCAAACAGGCAUUGUUAUGGGUCAGCCUCAGCAGCCCUCCCAAGAUCCUGUUUUUGUGCAUGAAGAUACCUACGCUAGACGGCAGUUCUCUUAAAAUCCCUUGUUUUGCAGUAUUGGGUCGUCUUAAGAUGCUACGCUCUAGAGCGAUAUUACUACCCGGGCACUUGCAUCAAAACCUGUAUACCAUGAACUUGGUUUAAGAAAACUGUGUUUCAGUAAAGAUCUUUAGCAAUGUCAUAGCCUCUAACUACUCCCUCUUAGUGGAGGAGUUUGAUCAUCUUUGUGUAAUGGGCACCUCACAAGGUAGCCUAAGCCACGAGGUUCUCGUUGUUAAAAUUCUCUCAUGGGCUGUGCUAGAAAGACUCUCCCAUCUAUUAUUACUGAUUUUGGUUACUAUGGAU